AUGUCAUCACGCCUAGUAGAGACUAUGAUGAUCAACGUGGAGGAUUUCGCUGACAGCUUCCUCACGUGCGGUACCUGUCUCUCCGGCUACGACUCGGCCGCACACUCCGCCAAACUGCUUCCCUGCUCCCACACCAUUUGUCGAACCUGCUUGGAAAGAAUACUCGAAACACAGGAGACAAUGCGCUGUCCGAUUUGUCGGGAGACAAUAAUGGUGCCCCACGGCGGUGCCUCCACCUUUCCACCAGCCUUCAUCGUCAACCAACUGCUCGACCUUCUGGCCAAUCAACGCCGCGACCGAGUGCCCAAGUGCCGCUUCCACCCCAAUCAGGAGCUGCUUUUUUGCGAGACCUGCGACGUGAUAUUCUGCCCCGACUGCAGGGGCGGUAGUACCAGUGCCGCUCUCUCGCACAACGUCAUCAGCUUCUCGGUGGCCAUCAAGCGCUGCUCCGAAAUCCUUCUCUACAAGGCCAGUCUCUGUGUGCAGGAGUUGAACAGCGCCCAAGAGGCCGUGACCGCCGAGCUUCAUCGACUCACCGAGUCCUCCGACGCAUGCAUUGCGGUGAGUCUUUUUUUCGACACCAGAGCCUAG